UUGUGGUUUCAUUUUUCACAUCUAUCAUAAAAUUUCACUUCUGUUUACACUUCCCUUGGCAGCCAGUCUCUUACAAAAUGGAGUUUCGACCCCUACAUCUCUUCAUCUUUGUUGCUCUAGCUUGUGUGUCAAGCCACGCAGCACAACCUGCUGAGACAUAUUGGAAAUCUGUGCUCCCUAACAGUCCUAUGCCGAAAGCUAUCGAGGAUCUUAUACAAUCUGAAACGGUGGAUGAUAAAAGUACUUCAGUCGGAGUAAGUGGUGGUGGAGUAGAUGUUAAUGCUCAGGGUGGAAAUCCAGGAGGCACCAACGUGAAUGCUGGGCACGGUGGCGUAGAUGUAAAUACACCAGGAGGCACCAAUGUAAACGUCGGGCCUGGUGGAGUAGGUGUUAAUACACCAGGAGGCACCAACGUGAAUGUUGGACCGGGGGAUCCAGGAGGUUCCGAGACACAGGGCAGAAAUCCUGAAGGCACCGAUGUGAAUGUCGGGCAUGGUGGAGGUGUAACCGUAUCCUCAGGCCACCACAGGGGGAAACCAGUAUAUGUGGGAGUAAGGCCAGGGACAUCACCAUUCUUGUAUAACUACGCAGCAACCAAGGAUCAGCUCCAUGACAACCCAAAUGUAGCUCUUUUCUUAUUGGAAAAUAACAUGACUCGAGGAUCAAAGAUGAACUUGCAUUUCUUCAAGACUUCACUUGGAGCCACUUUCUUACCUCGCCAGGUUGCUGAAUCAAUUCCUUUCUCAUCAAACAAAAUGACUGAAAUCUUGAACAAAUUCUCGGUGAAGCCCAACUCACAGGAAGCUGAAGUUAUGAAAAAUACAAUAAAAGAGUGCGAGAAGCCAGGCAUCCAGGGAGAGGAGAAGUUCUGUGCAACAUCAUUGGAAGCAAUGGUAGAUUUCACCACCUCCAAACUGGGGAAGAACGUUCAGGCGAUAUCAACAAAUUCAGAGAAAGAUACUCCACUGCAGAAAUAUACCAUUACAGGAGUGAAAAAGAUGACAAAUGACAAAGCUGUAGUAUGCCACCAGCAAAAUUAUGCAUAUGCUGUAUUUUACUGCCACAAAACACAAGCUACUAGAGCAUAUACACUUUCCUUGGUGGGUGCAGAUGGAACAAAAGUUAAAGCAGUCGCAGUAUGCCACGAAGAUACAACAAAAUGGAACCCAAAACACUUGGCUUUCAAAGUUCUGCAGAUCAAGCCAGGACAAGUUCCUGUUUGCCAUUUCCUUCCUGAGGAUCAUGUUGUCUGGGUACCUAAAUAAAUAUGUGCAGGAAACUCCAAAUGCUUGCCCAUUUGGUUCUAUUGUAAAGCAAUAAUAUACUGGUUGUAGUACCACUAAUAAACAUAUCCCUCUUAUUUA